AUUAGUACGCCGUUGUGUGCCUGUUGCAAUAUUACAUGAACAUGUUGCUUAUAGCUGCUAACUAGCUGGACGUAAUAUCUUGGGGACAUUUAGCAUAUAUAAAAUCUGUAACAUAUUUUACAACAAUACGUGGUUGUCUUGUUCAUAUAGUGGGUACCCCCAACACCCUUCAGCUUCAAGCACCGCGUGGGUUUUAGCAUAGCUCCGCUGACCUAGCUUUCCACUCGUAGAACAAGCUGCUAACAGGCUAACGCUUGUUACUAUCCGCCUGCUAGCGCGCUACAUAGGUAACAUUGUUAGCUAGCUUUAGCCGGUUAUAAUUUGCAAAGGCAUCCGAUUUAAGCUGAAAUCUUCAUUCAUACGAGAUGCGGCGUUAGUUUGAUAAAUUAAAAAAUAGCUUGUGGCAAACUAAUGUUUUUCAUAUGCCCGCUGUCACACUCUUUAGCGUUAACUGUCAGUUGUGCUAACGUCGUCACGAAGCUACUAUGAACCAACUUGAGGUUACCGGUUUGACAAAUGGAGCUGCAGCUGCUUCUGAAUUACCUACUGAAUUGCUGGAGAUAAGCAGCUCACAGCAGAAUGGGUCAUUUGAGGGGGCAGUGGCUAUCCUGGAUGCAGGGGCCCAGUAUGGGAAGGUGAUUGACAGACGGGUGCGAGAGCUGUGUGUACGCUCAGAGAUCCUCCCCUUGGAAACCCCAGCCUUUGCUCUCAGAGAACAAGGUUACAGAGCAAUCAUUAUUUCAGGAGGCCCAGCUUCUGUGUAUGCGGAAGAUGCUCCUUGGUUUGAUCCUGCCAUAUUCACCAUAGGAAAGCCUGUUCUUGGAAUUUGCUAUGGAAUGCAGAUGAUGAAUAAGGUCUUCGGCGGCACAGUACACAAAAAAAGUGUAAGGGAGGAUGGAGUGUUCAACAUUGGGCUGGACAACACGUGUUCCCUUUUCAGAGGCCUUCAGAAGGAGGAACUGGUGCUGCUGACCCAUGGAGACAGUGUGGAUAAAGUGGCUGAUGGUUUUAAAGUGGUAGCCCAGUCAGGAAACAUCAUUGCUGGGAUUGCUAAUGAGCAGAAGAAACUGUAUGGGACACAGUUUCACCCUGAGGUUGACUUAACAGAGCGAGGCAAGGAGAUGCUGCAUAACUUCCUGUUUGAGAUUGCGGGAUGCACGAGUAACUUUACCGUACAAAACCGCCAACAGGCUUGCAUCAAUGAUAUCAGAGAAAAAGUAGACAAGUCUAAAGUUCUGGUGCUACUAAGUGGUGGCGUAGACUCAACAGUUUGCACAGCCCUCCUCAACAAAGCUCUGAACCAGGACCAGGUGAUUGCAGUUCACAUUGACAAUGGAUUCAUGAGGAAGAGAGAGAGUCAGAGUGUUGAGGAAGCCCUUACCAAGCUGGGAAUCAAACUCAAAGUGGUAAAUGCAGCACACACCUUCUAUAAUGGAACAACAACCCUUCCCAUCUCUGAGGAGGACAGGACGCCACGGAAACGCAUUAGCAAGACUUUGAAUAUGACCACCAACCCAGAAGAGAAAAGGAAAAUUAUUGGUGACACAUUUGUUAAAGUGGCAAAUGAAGUAAUUGGAGAGAUGAAUCUGAACCCAGAAGAGGUUUUUCUGGCGCAGGGUACCCUGAGGCCUGAUCUCAUUGAGAGUGCCUCUCAUAUUGCUAGUGGCAAGGCAGAGGUCAUCAAAACACACCACAACGACACCGAGCUCAUCCGCAAACUCAGAGAUGAGGGAAAAGUAAUUGAACCACUGAAAGAUUUCCAUAAAGAUGAGGUGAGAGCACUGGGGAGAGAGCUGGGCCUGCCAGAGGAGAUUGUCUCACGGCAUCCUUUCCCUGGUCCCGGUUUGUCCAUCAGAGUGAUUUGUGCAGAGGAGCCUUACAUUUGUAAGGAUUUUGCUGAAACAAACAAUAUCCUCAAAAUUGUUACAGACUUUUCUGCAAGUGUCAAAAAGCCGCACGCCUUGCUUCAGAGAGUAAAGUCUUGCAUGUCAGAUGAGGAGGAGGAGAAACUCAUGCAGGUUACCAGCCUUCAUUCACUCAAUGCCUUCCUGCUGCCCAUCAAAACUGUUGGUGUCCAGGGUGAUUGCCGGUCUUACAGUUAUGUGUGUGGUGUCACAAGUAAAGAAUCUCCACACUGGGAGUCACUCAUGUUCCUGGCGAGACUCAUCCCCCGCAUGUGCCAUACCAUCAAUAGAGUUGUGUAUGUAUUUGGGUCUCACGUGAAGGAGCCGCCAUCAGACAUUACCCCAACUUUCCUGACCACAGGUGUUCUGAGCACGCUCAGACAGGCAGACUUCGUAGCUCAUACUAUUCUUAGAGAGUCUGGAUACUCCAGCAAGAUCAGCCAGAUGCCGGUCAUUCUCACUCCCCUGCACUUCGACCGUGACCCUCUGCAAAAGCAGCCGUCCUGCAGGCGCUCUGUGGUGGUCCGCACCUUCAUCACCAGUGACUUCAUGACAGGCAUCCCUGCCAUGCCUGGCAACCAUAUCCCAGAGGAGGUGGUGCUAAAGAUGGUAAAUGAGAUCAAGAAAAUCCCUGGCAUCUCCAGAGUCAUGUAUGACCUGACCUCUAAACCACCCGGCACCACAGAAUGGGAAUAGAACACAACACGACUUCAUGUGGAUAUAGGACACACUCUCACACAUAAUGCACAAACACACUCAGCAGAUAUGAGGGCUGGUGAACUGCUCUCCUUCUCUGUUCUUCUUCCCUCAGCCCCCCUCCCAUCCUGCUUCCCUCCUCUUCCUCCCUUUUAUCUUCAACAUUCCCAUGGAGGGCAGACUGUACUGUGAUGGGUGUACAUGCAGAGGCACCACUGCUCUGCUCUCUCCACCACUCCUCCCUGGUCUUAAUAUUUUUGGCGAUAGAGAUUGAUUUAAUGUUGGUUAUUGAUUAUAUAUUGUCAUUUUUGAUUCAUGUACAGCAAUGUAUUUUCUCGCUGUGGUGAAAAGGUAAAUUGCUGCUUCCUUUUGUGAGUUCAGCCAUAAAAGGCAAGUGAUGAGAAGCUGUGACAGUUAAGUGGACUUGAUGCUGUGCCUCAAGAUGCAUAAUAGGAUGAAUAAAAUAUAAAGACAAGCAAAUAUUGUCAUGAAAAAAAAAAGUAGAGAGGUUUUAAAUCUUCAGCAGUUGCUUUUCUGUCAGAUGCUAUUGUUUUGCUGUUGUAGAUGAGAAUUUUCUCAGCCUAAGACUACCCAUUCUGUUAAUUUUCACUUUCUGCCUGUAUACUGUGCUAUGACGAAGGCUGUCUGAGCAGAUGGCCUGUGUGACCAAUCAGCAGUUUUUAAGGUUUUAGGUUUGCCAAAAGUUUAACAUGCUGUAGUGAUCUAUGACAUUGGUGGGUUCUUGAUGAUCUUCUCCAACAUAAAUUUGUUGACAAGAGCUGUUGACUUGUAGCUGUACCCAUUAGGGACAGCAGUCAACCUAACAAUACCUUUAGUGUAAUGACUCCUGUGCAGCUGUGAAGAGGCCAAUAUAAUUGGUGACUUUGUAUGUGCCUGUUGUGUGGUUCUUUUUUUUUUUUUUUCUCUGGUGUGACCUGACCUGGACUGAUGUGUCCAGAGAUGAGGAUGUAACACUUUUCUUCUCAUGCUGCAAUAUGUAUGCUUCUCAUGAAGAAAAGUAAAAAGGCGAGAGGAUUAAUGUCAAGCUUGUAUGGUAGAGUUUAUAACCACAUUGUGUCAGUUGCUGUUGUCACUUCAUCAUUUGGCUGCUCUUGUGUUGUGCGCAUUUUUGCACAUUUUAUUUCUCACUUGUAAAGCCUUGGUGCUACAUCACCAUAACAACCCCUACAUCAAAUGGAAACUUCACCUUAAGUGUAUCACUGUGCUGUCAAAGGUCAGCUAAAAUUAGCUUUCUGUUACCAUCGAAAUAAGUUCAUUGUGUCUCAGAAAAGCAUUUCUGCUUAUUAUAGCUGUUGUGUUCCCUCAGAUCAUUCAGCACAUCAUAAUCUCGUCUCCAGUCUUGUAAUUUAGACCUCAGUGAAUACAGUGCUCAGGUUUAACUGAGUUUUUAAAGGUGUAGUUUACCCUGUUAGAGACAUUACACUCAUACAUGGUGGUUCUCCUCCACAGUUUUUUGUGCCUCUCAUUUUUCUGUUGUAUCCUUAACUUUUAGUGGCAAACUACUACUAACACAAACUAAAAGGUUUCCCCAACCUGUCUUAAACUAUUUGUGUUUUUCCCUCGGUUCUGCCAUUUAUACUUGUUUAUUUUCUGUUGCAUAUGUUUCCAUAGAACAGCUUACAGUGGACAUGUAAUUGAAAUAUCAAUAAGAUUAAGUUAUGCAAUUGUCUUUUUUUUGUUUCUUUUCUUAAAUUUUGUUCACCAAUGUUCAUUCUUCUUAGUAACGUGCCUCAAACCAAGCCACUGCAUGCAGUUUCAACAACAUUUGUACAAUGAAAAACUGAGCUUUAAUAAAGAUCUCAAUGUUGAAACUUCAA